AUGCCCCUGUCCAUACGGAUCAUCUUUAUGGCACCCCUGCUCACACUAUCCCCCAAAAAUGUGGCACUGUGGCUACUGCUGUUCUUGGGCAAUGCAAUCGCUGAUAGAGUAAACGAUUUUCGCUCCGAAAAAUAUGCCCACGGCUUUGAGGGCGCAUUCCCGCUACAGCAUUACUCGUCCGCGGGCGUGUCAGGCCCGAUCUUAAAUUACUGGGAGAAAAGUGUUGCGUGCGAUGAUGGCUUAUAUACGAUUAUCGCGCCGCGCGGGGAAGCGGUGCGCCAUUCCGGACCGAUGAUUCUGGAUAACCAGGGCCAUUUGGUGUGGUUCAAGGAAUACGAGACAAGUUAUAAUGCCAAUGUAUAUACUUAUAAGGGACAACGGUAUUUGACGUUCUGGGCGGGUGAUGACCAGAUUCGGGGGCACGGGGAGGGGAUAUUGUAUAUGCUCAAUUCCAGCUAUGAAGAAGCAUAUAAACUUCAUGGUGUAAAUGGUGCCGCGGCAGACUUGCAUGAAUUCCAUAUCACGCGCGACGAAACUGCCGUCUUCACAGUCUACGAUAUCCAAUCUGUCGACUUGACUCCAUCAGGUGGAUCGCAAAAUGGCUGGAUUUACGAUGGCGUCUUUCAGGAGAUUGAUAUAGAAACUAAUGAGCUUCUCUUUCAAUGGCGUGCUUCAGACCACUUCUCUUUCAGCGAGGUUGAGCGCGGCAGCGAAGGGACGGGUGAAUCAGCAGAGGACCCAUGGGAUUGGUUCCACAUCAACAGCAUCGACAAAGACGAAAAAGGCAACUUCCUCAUAUCCUCACGGUACCUGAACUGUCUUGCAUAUAUCGACGGUGUAACCGGGGAUGUGAUCUGGAAACUCGGCGGGAAGGAAAGCUCAUUCACCGAUCUAUCGGCAGGCGCAGCGACGAACAUAAGCUGGCAGCAUCACGCACGGUUUCAGCCUCAGUACGAUACCACGAAAAUGACAAAAGCGAUAUCAAUUUUCGAUAACUCGUCUCGCGGGAAAGGCGCACCGGAGAACACCAGUCGUGGGCUAAUCGUCGAUAUCAACGAGACGAAUAUGACAGUCGCUGUGCGUGCGCAGUACUGGAAUCAAGUCCCAAUUAGCAGCCAGUCGCAGGGCUCAAUGCAGGUUCUAGAAAACGGGCAUGUACUUCUCGGCUACGGCUACAGUGCUGCAUGGACGGAGUUCGGAGCUGACGGGGAGGUUCUCUGCGAAGUGAAUUUUGGUCCGAGAGAGUUAUUCGAGCGAGGGGGUGUCAUCUCGUAUCGAACUUUCAAGCAGAAGUGGGUUGGGAUGCCUCUAACUGCGCCUGAUGUUGCAUUGUCUGGGACCGCGGCAGCUGUUAGCUGGAAUGGGGCGACGGAGGUGGCUACCUGGGUGUUGCAAGGAUCUUAUGUUAAUGUGACAGACUCGCCUGAGUCUAUAGAUGAAGAUGGUAUACACAGAUAUUCAACUGGACAUGUUGCAGAUGACGAAUUUCAGUUCAUCUCUGCGGUGCCUAAGACUGGAUUUGAGACCAAAUUCCUUAUCCGGGCUGAUAUACCGUACCGCACAUUGCGUGUUAUGGCCCUUGAUAGUACCGGCGGCUUCCUGGGAAAGACAAGGGCUAUGCAGUGGGCACCCGAGGAAAUGAACGAGGAGAUUGGGGUGUUUGCUGGUGAUGAGGAGCUGAAGGAAUCCAAUUCGAAGGAACAUCGCAUCUCACCCUUGAUCAUGUUCGGUAUGGGUUUCAUGAGUGCAGCAGCAAUUGUGCUAUGUGCAUGGCUUAUCUGCAAGUACAUCUAUUCCAGAUCUCUUGGGCAGACCUUCAUUGGCCGACGCAACCAUGGUAAGGACGAGGGGUGGCAGGCAGUCCAAACAGGCGAGGAGCUGGAUGAGUUGGACGACUUCAGCGACUUGGAGUCUGGGCAACGAGAUGAAGAUCAUUUAUUGAAUGGUAAUAGAAACAGGGUGGAAUAA